ACUCCAUGAUGCCGAACUGUGACCGUCCCUGUGGCUGUGGCCCAAGCCCCAAUGUGGAAGACGGCAAGUGGUACGGGGUCCGCUCCUACUUGCACCUCUUCUAUGAGGACUGUGCAGGUACCGCCCUCAGUGAUGACCCUGAGGGGCCUCCUAUUCUGUGUCCCCGUCGACCUUGGCCCUCACUGUGCUGGAAGAUCAGCCUGUCCUCGGGGACCCUGCUUCUGCUGCUGGGUGUGGCAGCCCUGACCACUGGCUAUGCCGUGCCCCCCAAGCUGGAGGGCAUUGGAGAGGGCGAGUUCCUGGUGUUGGAUCAGCGGGCAGCUGACUACAACCAGGCUCUGGGCACCUGCCGCCUGGCAGGCACGGCCCUCUGCGCUGCCGCCGGGGUCCUGCUGGCCAUCUGCCUGUUCUGGGCCAUGACAGGCUGGCUGAGCCAGGACACCAAGGCAGAGCCUUUGUAUACCGAAGUGGACAGCCAUGUGGAGGUCUUUGGGGACGAGUCAGAGCAGCAGCUCUCCCCCAUCUACUGUGAUGCCAGUGGCCAAUCGUGGUUCUCGCCGCCCACCAGCGCCUUUGGGCAAUCCUCCGUGCAGACCAUCCAGCCGAAGUGGAGCUCUUGAGCUGCCCGCAGAGCUGGAGGAGGCACCGGACCCAGAGACCGGACCCCUCCUCCUCUUCACCACAUCCCAUCGUCUCCUUAACGUCUCCCUUUCAGCAGGGACCCUUCUGUCUACGCCUCCAAAAGGGUGAGCUCCAGGUCAGGAAGUCUGGAGCUCCAUCCUCAUGCCCAUUCCCGGGGGGUAGGGCCCAACUCAUCCAAGAUGCCAACCAUCCCCAAGUCCACUCAGAACUCCCCGCCACCCCUCCUACCCCAGGGUCUUCAGGGGCAGAAAGCAUCUUCCUCAACCUGUCCCCACGCUUUUCUCUCUGUGGCCAAGCCCCUUACCUGUUCAGACCACCAGUUCCUGCCUCUGAAGUAAAAGGGGUUUGGGCCAGAUUCUCGAGUCCCAUGACUUUCCUGUUCUCCCCUGAUGUAAGCAUUACCCUCUAUAGGCAAACGUGGGUGUCAUUCUCAUCCAUUGACCCCACCCUCUUCUCAGCUGCACAGGAUGCCUCAGGAUGAGUCAAAGAUGCUCAUUGGACUUCCUGUCCAGGGUGGCGCAGAAA